CCAUCCAAAACAUAACCAUAUCUCGAAUUUCUUCCUUUUUCGGUUUUUUUCUUUUUGCUUUCUCUCUCUCCCCUUGUCCGCAGCGAUGGGCAAGAGGCCGCCAUCUCCAGACAUCGAGAAGCGGGCCUAUGUCAAAAACCCACCGCCACGGCCACCAUUGCCCCCACAGAAACAAGAGCAGUGGACCCCAUGGCUUGUGCCGCUCAUAUUCGCAGCUAAUGUAACCAUGUUCAUCUAUACAAUGUAUGACAAUGAUUGCCCUACAUAUACCGGUACAGAUAAAUGCCUUUUUUAUGAAUAUUUGGGGAGGUAUUCUUUCCAACCGUUUAAAGAAAAUGCUGUUCUUGGGCCUUCAGUUAUCACGUUGGAACUGUUAGGAGCACUUGAUCCACUAAGAGUAGAAAGGAAUGGAGAAGCAUGGAGAUUCUUUUCUUGCAUAUGGCUACAUGCUGGAGUUCUCCAUCUAUUAACAAACAUGAUUAGCCUUCUAUUUAUCGGAAUCCCACUUGAGCAAGAAUUUGGAUUCUUGAGGAUAGGACUGUUGUAUGUGAUGUCUGGUUUCGGUGGAAGCUUGAUGUCUGCUCUAAGUCCGGAGCCAAAUAUCUCCGUCGGUGCUUCCGGUGCACUUUUCGGACUUCUGGGAUCCAUGCUUUCUGAGCUUUUCUUGAAUUGGACAACCUAUGUUAAUAAGUGUAAAGCAGUUACCUCCCUCCUGCUAAUCAUUGGGUUGAAUCUAUCAUUCGGUCUCAUUCCUCACGUAGAUAAUUCAGCUCAUAUUGGAGGAUUUCUUUCAGGAUUUCUUCUUGGAUUCAUUCUUCUAAUGCGUCCACAAUACGGAUAUGUAAGCCGCAGAUAUAUACCUGCAGGAUAUGAUAUGAUCAAAAAGAAACCUAAGCACAAAUGCUAUCAGUAUCUAUUAUUCAUUAUAGCAUCCGUGGCACUAAUUUUCUGGUAUUUAUGGGGUUUAGAUAUGUUUUACAAUGGCCGUAGAUUCAAAUUUCCUCCUGAAAGCUUGAAUUAAUUAGGCUAUAUGUAGUUCUUCAAGCAGUUCAACACCAACAAAAGCAUACUUUGUAUAUUUAUAUAUCCUACUUACUAGCUACUGACAUGUAAGUUAAUGGUGUAGUUAAAUAAUUAUGCAUAUUAGACAGUAUAAGGAAGUACAUAUAUUGGUGUAACU